AUGCAUUGUCUGGAUGCUGAGGUCAAAUACAUGCUGGAGAACACAAAUCUCACUAAGUACAUCCUCAUCACUGAAAAGAAGCCUUGGAGAGAGGCUCAGCGCUACUGUCAGAAGAACCACACGGACCUGGCCAGUGUGAGGGAUGAAGCAGAGAAUAACACCAUAAAGGACAUCAUACGGGACACCACGAAGGAAGUGGUGUGGAUCGGCCUGUAUAGAGAGUGGAGGUGGUCCGACCAGAGUGGCUCAACCUUCAGGAACUGGAUGGCAGGCGAGCCAAACGGGGCAAAUGAAGAGCUCUGUGUGGAAGUUAAGUUCCCAUCUGGAGAGUGGAAUGAUCACCCUCCUACCACCAAACAUCCUUUUAUCUGCUAUGAUGAUAAGCUGGUCCUGGUCUCAGAGAACAAGACGUGGUCAGAAGCCCUGUGGCACUGCAGACACCUGAACAUGGAGCUGGUGUCUGUCCACAACCACAGCAUCCAGCACUGGGUCAAACAGGAAGCCAAGAAGGCCUCCAGUCCCUACGUCUGGCUGGGCCUGAGGUACACCUGCACCCUGGACUUCUGGUUCUGGGUCAAUGGAGAAGAGUCCAGCUACCACAACUGGGCCGACGGGGAGGGCUACAGCACCAGCAAGGAGCAGUCUGGGAACACGGGGGCCAUAGAGAGAGACGGGGGGAAGUGGGUCGGCCUGCCUGAGACUGACAAAUUCAACUUCAUCUGCAGCAAGAGUGAUGAUUACUAAAACCAGACCCUGAUAUCUGGACCAGCUGAAUCCUACAGCCCAACACAUUGUUCCAGAUCUCUGGACCAGCUGAAUCCUACAGACCAACACAUUGUUCCAGAUAUCUGGACCAGCUGAAUCCUACAGCCCAACACAUUGUUCCAGAUCUCUGGACCAGCUGAAUCCUACAGUCCAACACAUUGUUCCAGAUCUCUGGACCAGCUGAAUCCAACAGUCCAACACAUUGUUCCUGAUAUCUGGACCAGCUGAAUCCUACAGUCCAACACAUUGUUCCUGAUCUCUGGACCAGCUGAAUCCUACAGUCCAACACAUUGUUCCUGAUAUCUGGACCAGCUGAAUCCUACAGUCCAACACAUUGUUCCAGAUAUCUGGACCAGCUGAAUCCUACAGCCCAACACAUUGUUCCUGAUAUCUGGACCAGCUGAAUCCUACAGUCCAACACAUUGUUCCUGAUCUCUGGACCAGCUGAAUCCUACAGCCCAACACAUUGUUCCAGACAUAUUCAGAUUUAGAUUGCGUAAGGUGAUGGAUAUUCAAUAUUUUUAUAUAAUUAAUCAUUUAAAUGAUUUAAAUAUGUUUGUAUAUU